CCGCUACGCAGGCGCACAGCAGCCUAGCGCCGGGCAAAGCGGGGACAGGGGCCUUGCGGGCGGGCGCGCGCUCCCGGGUGCGCGGGAAACCGGGCGCGCGCCAUGGAGCAGCGGUUAGCUGAGUUCCGGGCGACCCGGAAAAGAGCAGGGCUGGCGGCCGAACCCAGCACUUCGAGUCAGAGUGCACAAACCUCAGGACAGAAGGCGGAAGCAGCUGCGACUCCAAAGGCAGCCCCAGGCUGGCUCAAACGGUUCCUGGCGUGGAAACCGAGGCCUGCGAGUGCCCAGGCCCAGCCCAGCCUCACGCAGGGAGCGACUCGGCCGCCUCGGACUCCAGCCCGGACUCCAGCCCAGCCCCCGGCCCCGCAGGACCAGUCCCUCCUGACCAACAUCGCCUUCCUGAAGGGGCUCCUCUGGCUGGUCCUGCUGGGCCUGUUCGUGGAACUGGAAUUCGGCCUGGCCUACUUUGUCCUGUCCCUCUUCUACUGGAUGUACGUGGGGAUGCGAGGCCCGGAGGAGAGGACGGAGGGGGAGAAGAGCGCCUACUCUGUGUUCAACCCCGGCUGCGAGGCCAUCCAGGGCACCCUGAGGGCCGAGCAGCUGGAGCGGGAGCUGCAUCUCAGACCCAUGGAGGCGGCCGGCUAGCCCCGCGCCGCCCUCCCACUCCCAGGGCCCCCGCUUGUGGGUUUGAUCGCAGGUGCCCAAGACCGAGGACAGCUUGCGGGCCGCUUCUGUGACCCCACCAUUCCACCUUCUUUCCCUGGUGGAAAGAGCUUCUGCCUGGUUUGGGGGAAGCUCCCUGAAAGACACUUACUGUGGGUCUGAUCAAUUUAUAAAAAUUCCACACUCAAGAAAGGAGAUCCACUUGUUUCUUUGAGAGAGGUGAUUUUUUAGAGCACUAGAAGGGCCUCGGGGAGAUAACUGCUGAAAAUAUCCAGCUGUUUGAAGUAAUGGUUCCAUGCAUCAGGACCGUGUAUUAAAAGUAAAUCUUCUCAAGUCUUUUCAUAUCA